UAUUUAUCUACCGCAAAGUGCUGCAGACUGCAGUACCACGGUCAUAACCGGAAUUGUUGUAUCUCGGUGGUAUUUAGAAAUGUAAAGUAUUGCGAGAUACGUUUCAUAAGACUUUUUCAAGAGAACAUCUUAGAAUUAUUAAUUAAUUAUACUUAUUCUCACGAUUUACGGUGCUAGCCUAAAAUUGGAUCUAAUCUUGGUUUCUUAGAAUAUAAUAUGGAUGACGAGUUUGAAGAUAGGAUUUUAUAUCAGACUUAUGUGUCACACAUGAAGCUAAUGUCAAAGUUUACAGUGGGUAUUCCCACUGUUUUAAAUGCUGCUGUCAAUACUCCAUUAGGUCAUUUUUGGAGAAUAAUGAGGAUCUAUGCUCUUAAACCAGAGGUACUAAUCUGCGGGGCACUCUUAGCAGUUAUGCUUUUUUAUAUACAAGCUGUUGAUCUUUGGAGCAGAACAUUGCUUGAAAGAAUCCAAUAUACUUUAGGACGUACAACAUCUAAGGUUUCAAAAUUGCAAUUUCUUGUUAACGAUUCUGUAAAUGAUGGGGUAAAACUUAGUUGGGAAUUAAAACAAGGAAACAUAGCAGCUUAUGCUGUACAAGGUCAUAGAGCCCGUAUGGAAGACCGUUUUGUAGUAAAUGAGGAUUUAAAUAAUACUGGUGUAUCCUUAUUUGCAGUUUUUGAUGGUCACGGUGGGGAAUUUGCUGCAAAUUACGCUCGUGAUAAACUUAUUCCAAAUAUAAAUAAAAAGGUAAUAGAGCUAAAAGAUAUGAUAGCUGGUAGAUUUUCUGAAAUACAGAAAAACAAUCAAAUUAAUAAUCAGCCAACAUCUCAAUCUGAAAAUAAAAAAGAUGGAAAAAUAGAAUCAACCACAGUUGAACGUAAAAAAUCUUUUCGUAAGACCGUUAGUACUUCGUUAACAGAUGAUUGUAUGAAAAAUAGUGUUGGCGUUACUGAUCCAGAAUUAUUGAAUAAAUUGGAUAGUCUACCACGACCUAUCACAAGAGAGGUAAGGCCAUGUAGAUCAGGUGAAACGCAACCUGAAAUUGAUAUGGCAACUUAUUUAGAUGGAGAUAAAAUAAAUUAUGGUAGACUGUUAACUGAUGAAGUUCUGGCAGUUGAUCGACUGUUAGUUAAAGCAGCUAAAAAAAACAUGGAUGUGGCAGGUACUACUGCUUUGAUCGCACUUCUAGAAGAUAAUAAAUUAGUAGUAGCUAAUGUUGGUGAUUCUAGAGGUGUAAUGUGUGAUGGUAAAGGGAAUGCGAUACCUUUGUCAUUUGAUCACAAACCACAACAGGAAAGAGAAAAAAAGAGAAUAUAUAAAGCUGGUGGAUUGGUAACAUUCAAUGGAGUUUGGAGAGUUGCCGGUGUAUUAGCAACAUCUCGAGCUUUGGGAGAUUAUCCAUUGAAAGAUAAAAAAUUAGUAAUAGCAGAUCCAGAUAUUUUAACAUUUGAUCUAAGCGAUCAUAAUCCAAUGUUCCUUGUUUUGGCAUCUGAUGGAUUAUGGGAUACAUUUACAAAUGAGGAAGCCGUAGCAUUUAUCAAAGAACGUAUUAAUGAACCACAUUUUGGUGCAAAAAGCAUUACAUUACAAAGUUACUAUAGGGGGUCUUCGGAUAAUAUCACAGUAGUUGUAAUCGACUUACGAAAUAAAAAAUACAAUGGAACAGAAUCCAAAAGGAAUCAGUAACUACUAUCUUAACUGUUUCCAAGAUAUUAUAUGGUAAAACUUCCAUUGUGUUGUUUUCCCAAAACUCUUCUAGUCAUUAAAUUCAUACUUUAAUACUUUGAAUUUAUGAAAGCGAAGAGAUAGAAUGGGUAUACUCUUAUUACAUUAUUGUGAUUUCACCAAAAACGAUGUUUGAGACGUUAUUAGAAUAUUUCAUGUGUAAUAUAAAAGGGUAUUCAUUUGUGCAAUCAAUUUUUAUUUGUAUCUAUUAUAUAUAGAAUUUAUUUGAUUUAUUAUAAAUUCGGUAUUUUUUCUUGCAUGUGCCUUAUUUUUUGGCUGUGUAAACUUUAAACAUAAUUGAAGCAUUCUUCCAUCUCUUUAGCUUAUAUAACUUCUAAUGACUGAUUUUUGGUUAUUUUAAAAAAACAAGAAAAGAAAAAAUGACAACUCAUUGAAAUUAUUUUCUUUUUUGAAUUCAUUCUAUGUGAUAUCUAUAAAAGCUUCAUAUUGUUAUAUUAUAACAAUAUUUACCUCGUCAAUCUGACGCUAAAUGCUUUACAGUUUUGAUAUAACACAUUUAAAAUAUUAAA